AUGAAGUUCACCUCUACCGUUGCCAUCCUUGCUGUCGCCGCUGGCGUUCAGGCCGCCAAGCGUGCUGAGCCCCCUGUGCACGAGCGCGUUGCUCGCGGUGGUGCUGCUGGCACUGGCACCGCCGUCAAGACUGGUACCCACCCCAUCAUGACUGGCUCGCCCGUCCACAACGGCACCACCAAUGGCACCGUCCCUACCUCCUCUGCUGGCCAUGGCUCCAGCAUUGCGGUCAUUCCCUCCAGCACCCGCAGCGCCGGUGCCGGUGCCAGCUCCAGCGCUGGCUCCACCUCUGGCUCUGGCUCUGGAUCUGGCUCCGGCUCUAGCUCCGGCUCCGGCUCCGGCUCCGGCUCUGGCACUGGCUCUGGCACUGGCACUGGCUCUGGCUCUGGCUCUGGCUCUGGCUCUGGCUCUGGCUCUGGCUCUGGCUCUGGCUCUGGCUCUGGCUCUGGCUCUGGCUCUGGCUCUGGCUCUGGCUCUGGCUCUGGCUCUGGUUCAGGCUCUGGCACUGGCUCCGGCUCCGGCGCCGGCAGCAGCAACACUCCUGCCUCGCCCAGCUCCACUGGCUUCAACCCCGCCAACGCUGGUGCCAACGUUCACCCCAUGGGUGUUGCCGGCGCUAUGGUCGGUGGUGCUGUCUACGGUCUUAUGCUCCUCUAA